AGAGCAUCAAGAUGCAUUUCAACAGCCUCGCUUUGGCGACAUUGGCCCUUGUGCCAUCCUUUAUCGAAGCUCACGGUGAUGUCCCUGGAGCUCCCAGAGUUUUUGGCAGAAGAUCGGCUCUGAGUGGUGCCAGAAGAGCCCGUAAUGUAGCAAGCAGCUAUCAACCAGUUGUGCCUGAGGUUCAUGAAAAGCGUCAAGCCUCUACCAACACCGAAGGCCAGUGUGGACAAGGCUUCGGCUCUUGUGCCGAUGGUUACUGCUGUUCUGAAGCUGGCUGGUGUGGUCAAGGAAGCGAUUACUGUGCUGCACCCGGAUGUCAGUUCAAUUUUGGUCCAGCUUGCGAUGACAACACGAUUCCAUCUGGCAGCAGCACUUCUACCGUUGCUAGAACUAAACUCGGUAACGUUCUUUAUGGUGGAGCUGGUAUCUACGAUUGCACAGUGGCAGGAACCAUUGCCGUUACUUAUGACGACGGUCCUUACAUCUAUACCGAGCAUAUCCUGGAUGUGUUGAAGCAGUACUCAGCCAAGGCCACCUUCUUCAUCACUGGCAACAACAAUGGCAAGGGAGAGAUCGAUAACGCUGCCUAUCCCUGGGCUGCUACCAUUAAGCGUGCCUAUGCUGAAGGACACCAGAUCGCUUCUCACACUUGGACUCACCCUCAUCUUUCCAACAUCACCAGCGCCCAGAGAAAACAAAACAUGUACAGCAACGAGAUGGCAUUGCGCAACAUCUUGGGUUUCUUCCCCACUUACAUGAGACCUCCUUACUCCGACUGCACUGCAGAAUCUGGAUGUCAACAGGACAUGGCCGACCUUGGUUACCAUGUUACCUACUUUGACGUAGAUACUGAUGAUUACAACAACGACUCUCCUGCGCUUAUUCAAAACGCAAAGAACAACUUCGAUGCUGGAAUUGCUGGUGGAAAGCCUGCAACCGAUGACUACCUUGUGAUUGGACACGACAUCCACAAUCAGACUGCAAACGUUCUGACUGCAUACAUGCUUGACAAAAUUCUGGCUCUUGGUUACAAAGCAGUAACUGUCGGCGAAUGUCUGGGUGAUCCCGAAGAGAACUGGUACCGCAAGUCAUCCGGUAGUGUCUUCACCUCUUCAACAUCUGCCGUAACUUCUGCUACCAAGACCUCUGCCACCAUUGCUCCCACUGCUACAUCUAAUGACGGCACUUGCGGAGGUGGUUCAGGAUUCAUGUGUACUGGCUCAGAGUUUGGUGACUGCUGCUCGCAGGCUGGUUGGUGUGGAUCAGGAACUCUCUACUGUGGCGAAGGAUGUCAAGCAGGAUUCGGUCAGUGCGGUAUCAAUGUUCCUCAAAGCAGCAGCACAACCUCGACUGCUCCUGCUGCAACCGCAACUGGCGUUUCGACCGAUGCAACCUGUGGUGGCUCAAGUGGCAUGACUUGCCAGGGCUCGGUCUUUGGUAACUGCUGUUCGCCAGCAGGAUGGUGUGGUAGUACUGCUGCCUACUGCGGUGACGGAUGCCAGUCUGGCUUCGGCUCGUGUGGUGAUUCUGGUGCGGCAGCAGGUGCUGUUCAAGCUACCAACAAUGCCGCUGUAUCCUCGACACUCGCUACGUCAGUUACUACCACUACCGCCGCCACAGCAACCAAAACGUCGACAGCUGCUAAGGCUACCGCUACUAACAAGUCAAGAGUUUCGACAUGGGUCAACAGCUGGCUCAGUAAACUGAGAUCUGGAUCUCACUAAAUCUGAGUACAAGCUUGAAUGAAUGUAGUAGUCAGAUGAUUUGAUAAUGUUUGGAAAGAGGACCACAGUCAACCUAUAUAUUGCCUUUAGACUGUACAGACUUUGGAAAGGAUAUGUCAAAAAGUAUUCAUUAACGAGC